AUGGCAACCUCCCGCCCCUCAUCUGUAGUGGGUAGCGAUGCAGGGAGCAAAUUAUCAUUCUUUCGCAAUGCAUCCAACAAAGCAUCUGCAUAUCAUGCGCAGACACCCUACCUCAGAAGGCUCCCAUUCGCGGCAAUCGCAAUCAUCAUCACCCUCGUCGCUGUAAACCUCCUUGUUUGGGCGGCAGUUGGUAUAGUCUUACACUGGCAUACGCCACUGAUCUCGACAGCAAUCCUCUCGUACACUCUGGGCUUGCGCCAUGCCCUGGAUGCAGAUCAUAUUUCGGCGAUCGAUCUCAUGACUCGCCGUCUGGUUGCUGCAGGCCAGCGGCCAGUGACGGUUGGAAUGUUCUUCAGUCUCGGACAUUCUACCAUCGUCAUCAUCACGUCGCUCAUCGUUGCAGGAACUGCAGCGGCGGUGUCAGACAAGUUUGACAAUUUCGAGCGUGUCGGUGGCAUCAUCGGCACUUCUGUCUCUGCUGCUUUCUUGUUGCUCCUUGGUCUUAUGAACAUCUACAUUCUGUACAAGCUCAUAGUACAGAUGCGAAAGAUGGUUUCGAGCGACCCUGGUAGUGAGCACGAACAGUUCAAGAUACAGGGCGGCGGUUGCCUCUUCCCGAUAUUGCAGAAGCUCUUCAAGUUGGUCGACCGACCCUGGAAGAUGUAUCCUCUGGGUGUACUUUUCGGGCUAGGUUUCGACACUUCUUCCGAGAUCGCUAUCCUAGGAAUAAGUUCGAUUCAAGCCACGAAGGGGACAUCAAUUUGGCUGAUCUUGAUCUUUCCACUGCUCUUCACAGCAGGCAUGUGCCUUCUCGAUACCACCGAUGGUGCGCUGAUGAUGAGUCUGUACACAAGCACGCAACUUGCGCGCGACCCGAUCGCCAUUUGCUACUACAGCAUUGUGCUAACAGUCAUUACCGUGGUUGUCGCGACCAUCAUCGGGAUAGUGCAGUUCCUCAAUCUGGUGCUCAACGUUGCCGAGCCGCAUGGCAAGUUUUGGGAAGGCGUCGAAAAGCUGGGCGAUGCUUGGGAUAUAGUUGGCGGAGCUAUAUGCGGUACAUUUAUCGUUUUCGGUGGUCUCAGUGUUCUGCUGUACAAGCCUUGGAGACGUCGCAUCGAUAGGAAAAGAGUCAACAAUGCGCACUUUGAGCCAUUACCCCAGGAAAAUGAUGUGCGCGGCUCCGACGAAGAGCACAACCGAGGGAUCGUCCCAUCGAGUACGACACAGACAAAAGCGGUGGAGGUGAACAUCGAGCCAGUAGAAGCCAUAGGCGCUGGUCCUGCACGUUGUUGA